AUGACUGAUUUAUCUCAGCAAAUGAACAACCUCUCUGUGAACGGGGGCGACGCCGGCGGCUCGCAGAAAUCGCAGUAUGUGCCACCACACCUCCGGAGCAGAGGAGGCGGCCAGAACCGCCGCCAGAACUCUGGUUUUGGGAGCAACGGCGGCGGCUUCUCGGACCGCGGCGACAGGGGCUUUUCCGGCCGCGGCCGCGGCUCUUCCGGCGGAUUUGGCGGCGGCAGAGGCGGCGGUUUCGCCAGCAGCGGCCCCCGUGCCGGAGUCGGCUGCUGGGCCGACGGCAAGCACGUGCCUGGCCAUGUCAACGAGAAGAUGGAGCUCGACUUGUUUGGCGUUGCCGAGGACCCCACGUUCCAGUCGUCCGGAAUCAACUUUGACAACUACGACGACAUCCCCGUGGAGGCCACUGGAGACGACGUCCCCGAGCCUAUCACCAGCUUCACCACCCCUCCUUUGGACACGUUGUUGGUGGAGAACAUCGUCAAGUCGCGCUUCACCAAGCCCACGCCCGUGCAGAAGUACUCCGUGCCCAUUGUGGCCAACGGCAGAGACUUGAUGGCGUGUGCGCAAACCGGUUCCGGAAAGACGGGUGGUUUCUUGUUCCCCGUCUUGUCCGAGUGCUACAUGAACGGCCCUGCGCCCAAGCCCGAGGGAAACAGCUUCUCGUACAGCACCGUGUACCCCACGGUGUUGAUCAUGGCACCCACCAGAGAGUUGGUGUCGCAGAUCUUCGAGGAGGCCAAGAAGUUCUGCUACAGAUCCUGGGUGCGCCCCGCCGUGGCCUACGGUGGUGUGGACAUUGGCCAGCAGAUGAGAACCUUGCAAAGAGGCUGCGACUUGUUGGUGGCGGCGCCCGGCCGGUUGACUGACUUGUUGGACAGAGGCCGGAUCUCGUUGGCCAACGUCAAGUACUUGGUGUUGGACGAGGCCGACAGAAUGUUGGACAUGGGUUUCGAGCCUCAAAUCAGACACAUCGUGCAGGGCUGUGACAUGCCCGACGUGCAGGACAGACAGACGCUCAUGUUCUCGGCCACCUUCCCCAGAAACAUCCAGAUGUUGGCCAGGGACUUCUUGAAGGAGUACAUUUUCUUGUCGGUCGGCAGAGUCGGCUCCACUUCUGCCAACAUCACGCAGAAGGUGUUGUUGGUGGAGGGCCACGAGAAGAACUCCGUCAUCUUGGACUUGUUGAGCGCGGCCGAGACCAGCUUGACCAUUGUGUUCACCGAGACCAAGAGAAUGGCCGACUACUUGGCCGACUACUUGUACGACCAAGGCUUCCCCGCCACCGCCAUCCACGGCAACAGAACCCAGUACGAGAGAGAAAAGGCGCUUGCCGCUUUCAAGUCUGGUGCCGCCCCAAUCUUGGUGGCCACUGCCGUUGCAGCCAGAGGCUUGGACAUUCCAAACGUCCUGCACGUGAUCAACUACGACUUGCCCAACGACAUUGAUGACUACGUCCACAGAAUCGGUCGUACGGGCCGUGCUGGUAAUGUUGGUAUCGCCACAUCUUUCUUCAACAGAGACAACAAGAACAUUGCCAAGGACAUGAUCUCGUUGUUGACCGAGGCCAAGCAGGAAGUCCCUGAGUUCUUGAUCAAGAUCAGCAGAGAGUCCGGCUUUGGUGGCGGUGGCCGCGGCGGCCGCGGCGGCCGUGGCGUCAUGAGUGGCGGCAGCCGCGGCAUGGGCGGCGGCGCCAACCGAGACGCCAGAAGAUCCGGUUUCGGCGGCUCCUCUGCCAGCUCUUGGGGCUCCAGCUCUAGCAACAACUGGGGUUCUGCCGACACCGGCGCCAGCUCCAGAACCGGCGGUUACGGCAACCUGAACCAAAGCACAUCUUGGUGGUAA